AUGGGGAGAGGAAAGAAACCAGCCAAAAGACCUCCACCACCGUCCCCUAGAAUUAUGCUGCACAAUGUGACCGAACAAGUCCUCGUACCACGGUUUGACGGAUUAUCCGUAACUGAUGACUGCGGCAUCAUACCACUCGACAAGACCCGGCGACGUUCCAUUGCUGAAGACGUUCAUGCAAGAGAAUUGACCGCAGAACUGCGCGUCGCCCGUGCAGCAGAAGUAACAAAGUCGAAACUUGAGAAUGACUUCGUCGAGGUGACCUCCACACCGGAUCGCGGUCUUGCUGUAUUUUCAACUCGCAAGAUCAAAGCCGGGACACUGUUGCUCGCCGAACACCCCCUAAUCUCACUGGACAAGCACGAGGAGAACGACUACAGCGCGAUCGAGCGGGAAUUCUCCAGGCUCUCGCACGCAGACCAAAAGAUAUAUCUGCGCCUCUUCGACGCACAGAAGUCGCGCAUGUCCCGCGUCGUCUCGAUCUACUACAGCAACUGCUACAACUGCGAGGGUUUCAGACCCAGCGGCCUGGGCGGCUCGGCGAUCGGUGCAUUGUCCAGUCGCCUCAACCACAGCUGCGUCCCCAACGUGCAAUUUUCCUACGACGAGGCCAGCAACGAGAUGCGGUUCUACGCCAUCAGGGACAUCUCGAGGGGAAAGGAGAUUUGCAGCAACUACGACAAGUCGGUCUUUGAACCCGCGGCCAAGAGGCGGAGAAAGCAGCAAAUGUACUAUGGCUUCGUGUGCCGCUGUGAGGCGUGUGAGCCGAAGACCGAGUUCUGGGCCAAGAGCGAUGAGCGGAGGCUGGGGAUGUACGAUGCAAUUCGAGCCGUCCAAUGGUGCGACAAGAAGUUGGCCGCGGGGAACGAGGAAGUAGUGGUUGAGAAAGCCCAAGCUGGAGAGGCUGAAUUUGUCCAAGAAGCAUGGGAUUCCUUGACGAGACUAGAAGGGUUACUGCUGAAGGAGAGCCUCGUGGGAGCGCCCCUGGCAAACACUUACCGGAGCAUGGCGAAGUGGGCCGAGAGGAAAGGCCAUGAAGGCGUCGACGAGGCUGUCAGAUGGAAGGUCAAGGAGCUCGAGACAUGUAUCAUUGCGUUUGGCAGAGAUUGUCAAAGGACCAAGGACAUCGAGGCCAAGUUGGAAGCACACCAAGCCGGGAGGAGCAUCUGA